AUGUCGUACCCCGUGGGCAAGACCCCGCGUGAGCCCUUUGCCUCCUUCUCCAACCGGCUGCCAGUGACGCCGCGUGAGACCGAGCCCAAGUACCUCCCGUCACACAUCCUGGGCAGGACGACUGGCACCCUCAACUCGAGCAGCUCGCUCGUCGACCUCCCGCUGCCGCAUGGCAUGCGCCAGGCCUCGCCUUCCAACCACAGACGCCACAUGUCCCCUGGUGGCGAGUAUGCCGAUCCGCACGGCCCCCGCUCACGCCACCCGCAACCGCACCAUCGCUAUCCCUCGCCCAUGGCCGCUUCCGCCGGCUCCAUGCCCCGGGCCUCGUCGAUGGCUCUCUCUUCGCGCGGCGCCACUCCCUACGGCGACGAGCGCAGCCGCCUGCGCCACCGCGCCCCGUCAGAGUUUGCCGCUUCAGGCGCGAGCGGCUUCCACGGCUACCCUGGGAGUGAGCACCCCGGCGAGGUCGGCGACGCUGGCGCCAAUGCCCCGCCCAAGGCUCUCGGCCAGUCGGUCUACGCCCAGCUCAAGCCGUCGUCGGACAUCACCGAGUCGCCGGCUGGUCGCACCGGAUAUCCCAGCGAGGGGCCCGCCGCUCUUGGCGCCUCGGUCAACCGCGGCUCGCUGGCAAACUCGUCGCAGCUCGGCGCGUCGUCGUCGGCUCCCCGCCACUCGAGCAAGAAAAAGCCGUUUGACAACCGCUGGAUCACCGUCUUUGGCUUCCCCACCUCGUCGACUUCGUUCCUGCUCAAGCACUUUCAGCGCUACGGCGAGAUCCUCAACUACCUGCCUGGCCAGGGCAACUGGAUCCACAUCGAAUACGCCCAGCCCAUCCACGCCCAGCAAGCGCUCGCCCGCAACGGCACCAUCUUCAAUGAGAAGCUCAUGAUCGGCGUGAUGCUCUCGGAGGAUGUCGACCCGUACGAGCUCCAGGCUCCCGUCUGGGGCAACGAUGCCAUCGGCAUCGGUGCCGGUGCUCCUCAGGCACGCAUCAUCGCAGACGGCCCAGCGUCGUCCGUCUUUAAGCGGCCUACCGCCUCGCGCUCUUUCAUUGCCAAGAUCUUCGAGUACCUGUUCGGCUGGUAGACUGCCCGCCAUCCUAACCCCCUUCCCUGCCCCCUCUUCCACUAAACUGUGGCCUCGUCCUCCUC